AUGUCUGACAUAAUUCCUCGACCUCAAUUUCCUCCCAAAUUUCUUAACUUUGAGGAAAUAAUUAAUGAAUCUCUUAGAAAACAUAGAACUGGACGAAGUUCAAAAACCCCAAAUGCAUUUCUUCUUUAUCGAAAAGAAUGUACGGCAACAUUCAAAAAUUCAAAUAAACAUAUUUCGACGUUAUCUAGUGAAGCAUGGAAUACCGAAGCAAUUAGAGUAAAAAAUGCAUACAAGAAAUUCGCUGAUGAGAUUAACGAAAAAGUGAGAAAGCAAAUACCGUUUUGCUUUGUUGGUAAUAGAGGAAUAGAUGAACCCGAUAAUUAUAUUUAUGAAAUUCAUAAUGAAGAUUAUAAUCGAGACUUGGUUAAUUACGUCGAAAAUAACGAAAACGUGACCAGUUAUUCUCAAUCCGAAGCCAUAAAUCCUAACUUCGCUUAUUAUAUGCUUUAA